AUGGUUAAUGAAUCGCAGCGGUCUUCGAACGCCAAGGAACGAAUUGUUCAUCUUGAUUUAAAGGGUGCACCUCCAAAACUGGCGUACUUUGAAGAGUUCUUCAAAAUUGCUCAGAAAGCUGGCGCCACCGGUGUACUUAUCGAGUGGGAGGACAUGUUCCCGUUUAGCGGAAAACUUUCGAUCGCUCGCAACCGCCAAUCAUAUUCGGUGUCGGAUGUGCAACAGAUCAUUCGCUGGGCUACCAAGUAUCAACUGCAGGUUAUUCCUUUAGCUCAAACAGCCGGUCACAUGGGGUGGAUUUUAAAGCAACCAGAUUUUGCUGAUUUGAGAGAAGUGAAGGACGACAAGCACAUCAUCUGUUUGACAGAUCCCAAAGGUCUGGAUAUUGUGAAAGACGUGAUUGACCAAAUGAUGAAGCUUCACAGUCCUUAUACGCGGUAUUUCCAUAUAGGAGCGGACGAAGUUCGUAAGAUUGGACAGUGCAGAAGGUGUGUUUCGACCAUGAACCAAAAGAAGCUGCUACCUUCAGAGCUUUUACUGAACCGCAUCCAAGUCUUGGCUGAAUACAUUUACGAGAAGCAUGGAAAAAAGACGCUGAUCUGGCACGACAUGUUGGAUAAUGUCAGCGACAAUCUUUUCGAUAAAUAUAAAUUGGACCAACACGUGCAGCCAGUGGUGUGGAUCUACGGUCCAUCGAUUGACUAUUAUUUGACGGAGCGGUUUUGGAACAGAUUUUCCCAGCAUUUUCCAACAGUUUGGGGCGCCUCAGCCUUUAAAGGAGCCAACGGCAUCAAAGAGAUUAUGGAACGGUUCUAA